AUGGCGAAUCAGUUGGCUAUUGCCACGGUCUCUUUAGGCCAGCACCCAUCUCAUACUUUGGAUCGCAAAAUUCUCGCUGCAGCGAAAGCCGGAUUCAAUGGUCUAGAAAUUGUCUUUUCGGAUUUAGACGCAUACUCCCAAUCACAAAACCUGUCAAUCUUUGAGGGCGCAGAAAAGAUCACAGCUCUUUGCAACCAAAGCAACCUAGAGAUUCUUUCUUUGGCGCCGUUUGAAAACUACGAGGGUGACAAUUCCCCUUUGAGUUCCAGGUUACAGAAAGCAACUCUGUGGAUGGAAGUUGCCCGAAGGCUCCAUGCACCCUAUUUACAGAUCCCAUCUCACUAUGGCCCUGACGCUGAUGGAGAUACAGCCGUCAUCAUAUCUGAGCUGCAACAAAUAGCGGAUCUGGGAAGCUCAAGACAACCACUCGUCUCAAUCGCAUACGAGGCCUUGUCGUGGGGCACUCGCUGUUCUACAUGGGAAGACGCUUUAAAAGUGGUCAACGCAGUGGAUCGGCCUAACUUUGGCCUUUGUCUUGAUAAUUUUCACGUCGUCACCAAAUUAUGGGCCGACGCCUUCGCUUUAUCCGGCAAAUUCUCUGACGCCGACCGGCGCCUCAAGGAAACGCUGUAUCGCUUUAUAGAGAGCUGCCCCUUGAAUAAGGUAUUCUUUAUUCAGCUCUCUGAUGGAGAAAAGUCCGACCCGCCAUUCUCGAAAGAUCAUCCUUGGUAUGUGGAGGGCGAAGCUCCGCAAUUUACGUGGUCCAGACAUGCGCGGCCAUUUCCAUUGGAGAAAGGACUCGGGGCCUACAUGCCUAUGACUGAGAUUGCUCAGACUUGGCUGGUGGAGAAAGGUUAUAAAGGAUGGGUCUCUCUGGAGACCUUCGAUCGGCGUAUGCGUGAUGAGGCGAAUGGACCUGAAGACUCCGCUCGUCGAGGAAUGGAAUCAUGGAACAAGCUGUGCAUGAAACUCAAAGCAUCAAAGGCAAAUAUCUAG